AUGACUCUCAAAGUGUGUAAAGCAUUUAAGGACAUUGAGGAAUAUUUGCCUGAUAAUUUUUCUUUCGAGAAGAAUCAUACCGAUACUGAAAUAUACAAUGCUUAUUGUCCUAUUAGCAAGGAAACAGGGAAAGGAAAAUGUGGAACAAUUGGUCAAGUAGUUAGCGCUGUUACUACAUUAUUAAUUAAUAAUUUAAUCACCGGAGAUGAAUAUAUAGAAUCUGAAAAUGAAAAUAACGAAUAUAUCACGUAUAUUAUUCUAUGGUUAAGUGAUAAAAUGAAAUUAAUUAAAACAUGGGAAUACGGAAGCGUAUCAGAUUUUGAUACCACGUUUAUAAAAGAUGGUGAAUAUUACAAAGAGCAUAUUGAUCAAAUCAAAAAAAAAGAAAACAUAAUGAAUGUUAAAAUUGAUGAAAUGCAUGAACUUUAUGAGUUACUUAAUGAUCUGUGUAAUGUAAUUACUAAAUAUACCAACGAUUCUUCAAAUUGCUCCGAUUGUUCAAAUUUUACUAGUAAUUGGGAAGAAAAAUCCAAUAAACUUGUUAAUAAAAAAAUUAAGGUUUUUGAAGAUGAGUAUUAUUGUGAUGUGUUGUUGACUUUAAAAAAUGCUUAUGAGAAAUUUAAAAGAGAUAAUAAUAUUCAAAAUAAACUUCCAAAAAUUAAAGAGAUAGAAGAAAUAAAUAACUGUAAGAAAUUAUGUAAAGAAGCAACAAAAUCAUGGAGAAUUAAAAGUGUGGAUUUCCAACAAAUUAAGGAAAAAAAAAAUAUUGAGAAAAGCAAAGAUAACUCGAGAUAUAUAGAUGUUGCUAAAAAUAAAUUUGAAACGUAUAGUUCAUUUUUUAGUAUUAUAUUUACUAAUAUUGGCAAUAACUUAUAUGAAAAGGUGUUUCCAGCGCUAACAAAUGUUUACGGUAAAUUUAUAAAUUUUACUGAUAACACGAUUAGUUAUGUGAAUGAGCAACUUAAAAAAGCAAUAGAAGCUUAUACAUUCAAUAACGAUGUACCUGAGGAAACAGACCCAGGAGGUGACCAAUUAUCAUCUCAAGAAACUCCAUCUGAAGCUUCAUCACCAUCAAGUUCUACGAAACAAACUAGAACAUCAGAAUUGCCUCAGAAAUCAUCUGAAAAAAAAAAUUAUGAUCAAAAGAAUGAAGAAGGUUCUAAAAAAACAAUGCCAAGUUUAGUGAUUAAACAUGAAAAUUCAGUAACCGAAGUAAAAUUAAAUGGAGCAACAGGAAUAGAUGACAAUCCACUCAACUUAUACAAGAAAAUUGGAAUUUCAAUUAUAAUGCUUUUAAUACCCAUUGCUUUAGCUAUUAUGUACAAGUAUUUUCCAUUUGGAUGGAGAAAGGAAUUGAAGAAAAAAAAAAACAUGAAAAAGGUUAUAAAUAUGUUUGGUGUAAAUGAAGCGACAAAAAGAGUUAUAAACCCAACUAAUCGAAAAAACAAAGUGCAAAUAAUUAUAAAUUUAUCUAAAAAAAAACAGGACAAAAAGUUUACAAAUUCAUCUACUCAAAAAAAACAGGACAAAAAGUUUACAUAUUCAUCUACUCAAAAAAAGCAGAAUAAACAGUUUAUAAAUUCCAUUUAUUGGGAAAAAUAUCCAUUAUUAAAUAUAUAUAAACUUAUGGAGGCCGAUGCUGUACCAUUUAUUAUUUUGUAUUUGUUAUUUAUUUUUUAUGUUUAUAAAAGAAAAGACGAUUCUUUAGAAUAA